AUGGCCAAGUUUGCCACGGCUGAGAGCCCUGGGUUUCACAGCUUGUGCGCAGAGCUCAAACGGUGGAUCAAGAAGACGAGCCAACCGAACGGCAACCCACGAGAACGUCAAGGACUAGAACAAGCGACUGCGGUGGGACCCGUGUCGUGGGGAUGGGGGUCUGACGUUCCAGCACAGUAUCCCAUGGGAUAUUCCACCCAGGCAAUCAGCCCGCCACCCGAGAAGACAGACCCGGAUCUCUCGUCCUUUUCAGUUGCCAUUUUUUGCGCUUUUGCAGAAGAGGCAGAUGCCGUCGAGAAGCAAUUUGACCGGCACUGGGACUACGAGCGCAUCAACUCGAUGAUUGACCACACCGAUACUAACGCCUACUCGUUCGGCAGAAUCGGAAACCACAACGUCGUUCUGGUACACCUCGGAGGCAAGGGGAAGAUUCCGACGGCUCCUGCUGCAAAAAGCUGCCGGAAUACCUUCCCCAAUGCCAAGCUCUUUCUCGUUGUGGGCGUCUGUGGUGCCGUCAAUCAAAACCGUGGUCGGCGUGUUGCGUUGGGCGAUGUCAUUAUCAGUAAGGGCGUCGUGGAAUACGACCUCAACAGGCAAUACGAUGGGUACUUUGAGCUCAAGGACGAGUCCAAGCACCGGCUUCACGUUGACCUCGAGGGCACUCUCGAUAAGUUCCAAACCGACCAAGGAAGGCGCACCCUGGAAGACACGACGGCCAAGCACCUGGACGGCAACUUGAAGAAGAAACCGCCCAACAACGAUGGGCUGAGCCACUCCUCCCCAGCUGUUCACAUUGGCUGGGUCGCAUCUGGAAACUCGGUUUUCAAAUCAAAAGAGAAGCGCGAUGAAAUUGUACGGCUAUACGAUCAAGUCAUCGGGUUUGAAAUGGAAGGUGCUGCAGUCUGGCACCAGGGACGUGCAUGCUUGGUUGUCAAGGGCGUGAGCGACCACGCCGACAUCGACAAGACCAAGGACUGGCAACCGUAUGCGGCGGCGGCGGCAGCAGCAUGCGCAAAGGCCAUCCUGGGUUAUUGGAAGCCGCGCCGUCAAGUACUUGCCGGAAACUCUGACGCGAACUCGAAGCACCAACCCCAGGGACCAUGGUUCACGGUUGCUUACCCCGAGAACCAACAUUUCACACGUCGGAAAACAGUGGACGCUAAACUCGACACCAUGAUCCGCGAGUUCGCUCAACAAGAAAAACGCAAAGGCUAUACCAGGAUUGCCCUCCACGGCGGUCCCGGCGUCGGAAAGUCGCAGAUCGUACUGGACUUGGCAUACGGACUCCAUCGGAACAGGCCAGAUAUUUCCAUCUUCUGGGUUGCGGCAGCCAGCCGCGAGAAAUUUCGACAAUCCUUCGUCUCGAUUGCGAAUACAUGCAACAUUCCUGGCAAAGACGCCCUACGGUCGGUCAAGAAAUGGCUGGAGAAAGAGCAUCGCAGACCGUGGUUGAUGAUCGUUGACAAUGCCGAUAACGAGUCCUUGUUCUACCGGACCGAGCAACAUUCGGGAAAUAAGAGCCCGGUUGAUUCUGCUGCCUUCGAAGACGUGUUGAACCAGGAGAGACCUUUGGUGUCAUACAUUCCUAACUGCCCUCAGGGCGCCAUUGUCUUCACCACUCGAUUCAAGGGUCUGGGAAUCAGGCUCACCAACAACCCGAAUGGGAGCAGCUGCAUCCCGGUUGAACGGCUGGAUGCAGACGAAUCCAUCCGCAUGCUGCGUGCCGAGCUGGGCGACAUCGACGCUGAGGAACAUGAACUGAAGGAUCUUGCCAAUCGCUUGGACAACAUACCCUUUGCCAUGAUCCAAGCAACUUCGUUCAUCAAGAAGAACGGCAUCAAGUCCAUUGGACAAUUUCUGCAGGACCUCGACGGAGCCGGCGAUGACGAUCUCUUGACUUUACUGAGCGAAGGUGUCGACACGUGGGGCCGAGACGAAGACGCCCCUCGAUCUAUCGUGAAAAUGUAUCUUUUGUCCUUACGCGAAGUCCGGCACCGCGACCGCUUUGCAUGGGAUUGUCUAACGCUCAUGAGCCUCUUCGACCGGGAAGACAUUCCUAGGGAGUUCGUUACUAUAUACAGUAAGAGGCGACUGCAAAAGGAGUCGACGGGCCUGGACGUCUCACGGAGUCUGGGUGUCCUCAUGGACUUUUCUCUUAUCAGACCGGACCGUUUGGAUGAGUACGACAUGCACCGACUCCAGCAGAUACUCACCCAGCGGUGGUUGGAUAAGCAGGGGCCCGAGACAAGACGCGCAUUCGAGCGAGACGCCAUUCUGACCAUGCUAGAGGCAUUUCCAAUCAGCUGCUACGAGAAACCCAACCGACCCAAGUACAGCCGAUAUCUGCCGCAUGUGCGUGCAGUCGUGGGGCUCGAGGGAACCCAGUCCGAGGAGGAAAAGCGGGCAAAGGUUUCGCUUUGCGUGCGGGCUGCCAUGUUAUUGCUCUACCAGCGCCAAUGGGAAGGCGGGGCCAAGUUUCUGGAAGAGGCCGUUCCACUACGACAGGAAGUCAUGGGCGAAGAGUUGGGCCGGUAUCCCGCAGCUAGAAGCCUGGCUGCCAUGUACGAGUUGCUCAUUGAGGAAGAAAAGUCAGGCUGGAAAAACAAGAAGUACAAGGACAGGAGCAAGUCGAAAGUCAUUAGCGGACCCGAGGUGUUGAAAAAACACAUGCCAGAGGAUAUGAUUGCCCGAGCAGCGGCGGAAACAGAGAGAGAAUAA